UCAGUCGACACUCUUCUGUCAGCGGCAGAAUGCGACGAUUGCUGAACAGCAGCUGGAUAAAGUUUGGACCUGCUGGAAGAGAUGACUGGGUGUCUGGGUCCCCAUCGCCGCCUACUGCAGAGCAACGACUACAGGGUUACCACUGGAAUGAGCUCUCGAGCGAAAACAACGGGAAAUCGGAGCUAAUCCUGCACAUCGUUCUCCCGCUCGUCACGCUCCUCGUGUUCAGUGCCGUGUUUGUCCUUCUUUACCGAAGGUUCAGGCAGAACAAGCUCGGACUGACCAACAUCAUCACGCUGGACCUGCAGGACCCGGAGCGCAACGCCGAGAUUCUGUCGUCACUCACCGGGAACGCGGAGCGGCUGAACAGCACGAGCUCGGACAUGUCUGACGGGGUUUUGCUAAUGGUUUACCUCCCGCCGCCCUAUGAGGAAACGCUGACGAAGAUCACACGGGCCGCCAGCCUCAGCAGCGGGAAAGACGUUGAAACCGAAGACCUCGAAGCCAAACUGUGUCCCGAGCUCAAGUCGAGCGGGAAGUUUGUCUGAGAGAAGCACUAAAGACACACUGGGGCUAGUUGUCACACAGUGAAGAUGACACAAGGGCUAUCUCAGUUUUCUACUUAUCUUCUCCAGAACUUGUUGGUCUGUUGGGUGAAUUGUAACAAAAUCUAUAGAAUACCCUUGACAUGUCACUUGUAUAAUUUUGAAGGGGGAAAAUUGCAAGCUCAAUAUGGCCCCGCCUUCUGAUUAAAAGAGCCAAUCGCUAAUCGGUACAAUCACCGCGUCAAUGGAGCUGCCGUUAAAACUUCUGGUUACUAAAGAAAGGCGUUUCUCAAUGUCAAGGAUACUUCCUUGGCAGGACUGAUCCUUCCAAGUCACUUCCUUCAGAGGCUAGGCGAGACUCCUCUUCGCAUUCGGAGAACACGUAAAUGGAACAGGCUAGCAAGUGCACGUAAUUACGUCAUUACGUCAGUGAAAAGGUCCGUUUGAAUAACGCUGUGAAUGGUAUCAUUAAAUUACUUUGGACAACUUUACUAGUUAAAAGAAAUGCCGAUGAAGCAACCAAUUGUUAAAUGACAGGUCCGGUUCAGUUAACCAUUUGUUUUUGUAUAAUUUACAAUAUCAAUACGGUAGUAAUUUGUACUGGCAUUUAAACGUCAAACUUUACUUAUAUUUACUACUGUUAUAACAAAUGUUUGGUAACGUAAAUAAAACCUGUUAAAGCUCCGACAUUUUUGCAUUUUCGAACUAACGUUAGAUAGAAAAGCUGCGGGCGAUAGGUUUGUGGGUGAUUUAAGAGCACGAAGGAUACACAUAGGAUAUGCAUCCUUUCCUGUGUAUGGGAUAUUCUUCAAACGAAGGACUCCUUGGUUGAAAUUCAGAGGAUCCUCAACAUUGGAACAGUCCUACGAUGGAUGUCGAUGACGUAGCAUCCUCGAAAUACUGGCUUCCGAGGAUCCUUCUUUGACAUUGAGAAACACCUACGGUCAGAGUUUUGGAACGCGCGCUCAGAACUGCGCGUGUGCACUGGCAGGUCUUGCCUGAAUAAUACGCUUUUUUUAACGCAUUUUGAGCAAAAGAGACAACAUUUAUGAGACAGUUGUUGUCAGAUUUCAUCUGUGACUUAAAAUAUGAAAUUUAAAUCGUAAGCAUAGCGAACAGUUUUGGAGAAUUUGAUGUUUCAUCGAGUGAGAUGACUUGCCUUGAAGGGACUUUGAUUCUAAUCUACAAACUAAAACAACAGCGGCAAAACUUUAAGGUAUGUGCCUGACUUUCCAAAAUAAACCUCAAGUGAAAAAUACUCACUUGAGUGUGACAACUAGCCCCGGCCCCACUAUAGUGACGACAUCAACUGAUUCUGAACUGAACUUUGCAGGGUUUUUUAUACUGUAAGAUAAAAUAAACCAUACACAAAAUAAAUCACCUUGAUAUUAGGUUUGAAUUGAAAUGAUGUAUUAUAUGUAUGUUAGGAGAAAAUUGUUAGCCUGAAUGCAAUGUAAGUCGCUUUGGAUAAAAGCGUCUGCUAAAUGCAUAAAUGUAUUUAAUUAAUUCAUUCAUUUAUAUACGUUGACAUUUGAGUAAAUCUCUGUGCUUUGAAAUACUGCGUAGUUAGGUGCACAUUGUGUUAUAUGUACCACAAUUACUAGAGACAACAACUGAUCCUUUUUUAUAUCUGCAAGACUGCAUCAGUCCUCGUUUGCAUUUAAAUAUGAAGCACAAUCCUGACAGGUUUUGCAUUACCAUCAGUCAUGUAGUCUCCUGAAGAACUUCUAAUAAAGACCAGAUUAAAUAC